UUUACUAACAGUUCGUUAAGUUCUCGAUAGCAACAAGUUCGUAUUCUGUACAGUUCUCGUUUUUAAACAUAUUUCAAAUGUAUUAACUUUUUCCGUGAUAUGCAAACGAACGCUUUGACAUCGGGAUCCGAGAUUCUCUUUCACCCACCAGGCUGUAACCCAUUUUAUGUCCCACCCCUCCUAUCAAACAACUAUCAUCCAUCUAAUCCACAGAAUCAACCAACAUAUGUAAAAGCCAUAGCUCUCACACCAGAAAAAAAGAGAAACUUUCACCUGAAAGAUAACGCAUCGUACACACCUUUAAACUACUCAUUUUGUAACGAUGAUGAAGAAAAUGUGGAUGUAAAUGUACCAGAGAAACCUUCUGACCAAGUUAAACAGCAUUGGGUACCACAACCAAAAAAGCAGGCACCGAUAUCAACCACUAGAAUUCCUAUCCCCAAAUCUACACUGUCAAUUCAUGGUGGUUAUUCAGAUACUGAUUCUCACCACAAAAGCAAAACGUCACAAAAUCUAACCAGCAACUCAAGAGCGCCCUCCAGGGAUAGUCGAGCUAUUUCUGUUUCAUCAAUUUCAGCUCCCGUCCCAAAAAUGACGUCAACUCAAAACUCAAAGGGCAAAGUCAGUCCUAAUAUUUCCAUGUUGGUUAAAAGGUUCCGUCACGGGAAACCGCAGCCCCCUAGCGCUCGGAAGUUAUCCAACACCUCUUCUACCCCAUCUAGUGACAAGAGCAAGUACGAAUGGAUGUCAACAACCAUUCCGUCAUCGCAAUCAAUUAGUGCUGUAGCAGAAUCCAGCAGUUUAGAAGAAAUAAAUGAUGUGUUUGAUUCCAGUCUUGCUGAACUACAGAGUCAAGUGGAUCAAAUACUUAAACAAAGCGAGACCCCACAAUCUUUACCCACCCCUGUCCCAACCCCAAUUUUCACCCCGGAAAUCCCCAGUUUUAACCCCACACCCACCCCACCCAUGUUACAACCCAUGGAAAACAUAUCAUCAGCGAAAACUUCUCAUAUGGUCCCAAGCUUCGUAUACAAACCUCAGACACCACAGCAAGUUCCCGUUGCUAAGCAACCAGAGGAGCCAUUUCCUCCUCGCAUCCCAGUCCAAGAUGACAUCCUCCAGCAGUGGAGGUUGAAAAGGAAGAUGGAGAUGGCAAGAGCAACAUCUGCAACAUCCAGGGAUCAAAUUUGGAGCUCGUGCCACAGAGAAGCACCACAGAGCUGUAGUAUACGCUGCAGUGACAGUGUCAACUACCCAGCUGCAGAAAAACCUUACACCCCCUCCUGCUCGCCACGCAAAGCAGAACCACCCCACCAAGUCUUAGAACCACGAAAAUGCACAAAAAGUGUCGGCGUGUCCGUCGUGCCAACUUCGUGCGCAGAAACGCAAACCACACCAAAAUCUUCAAACGAAAAUUCAGUUGUUUCAAUAAAUGAUUUUAGAACUGAUUCUUCGGUCUCUAUGCACAGAGUUACAGUUGUGGAUGGCUCCACUGGAACGCAUGACCUUUCACCUUUAAGUUCAAAGGUCACGACCCGAAGUGACCCUGACAUGUUUGAUGAAGGGUCAACACACUCAAGGUCAAACCAGAGAAAUAUAAAAGGAAGAGUUGAAAGUUUGAAAAAGAAAGCGAAUCUCCCUCACUCCCCUACUACUUCAGUAGUAAAACAAGUUAUAGGAACUCAUUUAUUCGAUGCAGCAACAGAUGUUUUAACUCCAGGAAGAACCGAAGGAUCAUCUGAUGUUUAUUUUGAUUCUUCAAUAUCUGACCACAGUAUGUCUACUGCACCUACAACUCAAACUAAAAAAGUUCCAGAUGAUGAGUCCUCCUCUUCCCCGCAUCAUAUUUCAUCAACUCCUCUUCCAAACUCCCAAAUACCUCCAGACCCCCUUCCCAACAUUCCAUCUCUGGAUGCUGCAUCCACUACAUCCGGAUCUUCAAAGAAACAGGGAUCAAUUCAAUCCUCAUCUGAAGUGGAGGACCCUCAAGAUAUUUUGGACUCCAUACUUGACAACAUUCGAAAUGACCCUGGGGUAUUUCCCGACGAUCCAGUGCUGACGUCACUGCGACAGCAACGUCAAAAAUAUUUGGACGAGUUGACAUCCAUAGACGACCAGCUGUCCAGGCUACAGUAGCAUUAGAUAUUUAUUUUUCAAUGAUCUAAAUCUAGAAUAUAUUUUUUAUUAAAAUGCACUAUGUUUUC